GGAAACAGGAAAACUGACGCAAGGAAAUGGACCACGUCACCAGCCACAGAGUUUCAGCUAAAAGUAUUGCUGUCCCAAAGCAAGUAUGGAGUCUUUGCUCAAGUCCCAGAUGAAACUUGUACUUUUAGCAGCAUGGCUUUCCAGUGUUAUAGACCCAUGCAGAUGUUAUGACAUUUGUCAUACAUGCCAUCAACUUGCCUCGUGUAAAACCCUGAAUGGAUCCAAUAAUGCCUGUUACUGCAACCGUGGAUAUACUGGCGAUGGAACCAAGUUUUGUAAUGAUGACAAUGAAUGCCAAAAUGUCACUAAUAUCUGUGGAAACAACAGCAACUGUACCAAUACAGAGGGCAGCUACUACUGCACCUGUGCCUCAGGAUACACUUCAACCGGGCUGAAUCACUUUCAACCAAAUGACGGGACAGAAUGCACUGAUAUUGAUGAAUGCAAGAACGACCAAAUCUGUGGGCCAUUUUCACAUUGCACAAACACAAAUGGAUCUUUCUCUUGCACCUGCCAAAGAGAUUACAUUUCUACUUCAGGCACUAAGCGAUUUCAUACAGAGAAUGGGAUAAUAUGUCAAGAGCAUCCCAAGAAAAAUUGUCAUGACAACGUUGUGUGCCUAACACAAAGUGUCAACAGAACACUUGAAUAUUUCAGAAAUCUUACAGAUCUUCAGAGCCUGCUGGUGGAGAUUGAAAAACAGACGUCGGGAGAGCUGACGUCGGUGGAUGUGAUCUCCUAUGUGGAGGCCCUCUCUCAAUCGGCCUCGCUGAUGAGCUCUGGGGAGAAGAAUCAAACCGCCAAACCAGCCGUGACCAAAGCAACUCUCAGAACAUUUUUACAUGUGGUGAACAAUUUGGUUGAGAAUGAUGAGUUGGUGGCCUGGAACAGACUCAAAGAGGAGCACCGGGACCACACCAUAACCAAGCUCUUACACACAGUGGAGGAGAGUACUUUGACACUGGCCAGGAAAUAUAAAGCGACAACUGAGAUUGAGAUCAAAGAGAAAGAAAUGGAAAUGAAACUCUACACUUUUGAUGUCCAGCAAACCAAGAAAACCGAGCUCUCUGUCUCCAUGGGAGGAGAUCGUAUCAACUUAAAUCCUAAAAGGCAGAAGGGAAACAAAAAUGGAAGUGUGUCCAUAGUUUUCCUGCGGUAUGACAGUGUCGGUGGCAUCCUGAAACCAAACACUGACCCUGGUGUUACAGACUACACGAGCUACGCAGAAACAGGGGAAAUCACUGUGAACUCUCGGGUGAUAGCGGCUGCCAUCAAACCUGCUGACAUGUACCAGCUGGACCAUGUGACCUUCACUCUCAGACACACAGAGCCUAUUGACACUAAAGAAGAUGUAACCAAAUGUGCCUUUUGGGAGUACGAUCCGGCCAGCAUGCAGGGCCAUUGGGCCACACAGGGCUGUGAGCAAACCCACGUCAACAGCACCACCACCACAUGCUCCUGCAAUCACCUCACACACUUCGCCAUUCUUAUGUCUUCUGGACGGGCCAACAUGGCGGCCCACUACAACAUUCUGACCAGGAUCACUCAGCUGGGAAUGAUCAUCUCAAUCAUCUGCCUGUCCAUGUGCAUCUUCACCUUCUGGUUCUUCAGUGAGAUACAGAGUACCAGAACCACCAUUCACAAGAACCUGUGCUGCAGCCUCUUCAUGGCUGAGUUCAUCUUUCUGGUCGGGAUCAAUAUGAACACCCAUAAACUAUUCUGCUCUAUCAUUGCUGGGCUUCUUCAUUAUUUCUUCUUAGCGGCUUUUGCCUGGAUGUGCAUUGAGGGGAUCCAUCUGUACCUGAUAGUGGUUGGUGUCAUCUACAACAAAGGAUUCCUGCAUCGCAACUUUUACAUCUUUGGAUAUGGAAGCCCUGCAGUGGUGGUGGCCAUUUCGGCUACACUUGGCUCCAAGUAUUAUGGUACCAAUAAAGUGUGUUGGCUGAGCACAGAAAAUAACUUUAUUUGGAGUUUCAUUGGGCCUGCAUGUUUGAUUAUCCUGGUCAAUCUCCUGGCUUUUGGAGUGAUCAUUUACAAAGUGUACCGACACACUGCUGUGAAGAAGCCAGAGAUUAGCCAUUACCAAAACAUAAGGUCCUGUGCUCGUGGUGCCCUUGCCCUUCUGUUCGUCCUGGGCGCCACCUGGACAUUUGGCGUGUUGCACAUUCUCAAUGAGACUACCCUCACAGCCUAUCUCUUCACCAUUGCCAACGCUUUCCAAGGGAUGUUCAUCUUCAUCUUCCUCUGUGUGUUGUCCAGAAAGAUCCAAGAGGAGUAUUACCGGCUGUUCAAAAAUGUGCCAUGUUGUUUUGAGUGCCUGAGAUGAACAAGGCUGCGAAAUCCAGAGGGCCCAUCAUCGGCAAAAGUUACUGGGGGACUCUGGAGUCUUUUUUUAAAAGUAGAGUACAGCACUGCAAUAUCUUUACCCCAAUGUAUGCUUUGUUUACCAGGCAAAGAGAAUAAUAAUGAGAACAGACUUGUUCAACUGAUGUAAAUUGUUCAUGUAGCAAAUAAUGUUUUGUGUUUAAAUCUAUUUUGUCUUCUCGUAAGAUUGACUUAAAGGUAGACUCUGGGAAAUGACAUUGCCACAAGCAGCACCACAGCUUUGCGAUAAGUGAGAUGUAAGACUUCUCUCUCACACACAGCAGUAUCUGCGCAUGUGCACGGGUUCGCUUCACCACGGGCCCAAAACAGCUGAGUUGUUGCUGAAAUUGACCCACUAUGCUUUUUACAUCUACGGCACAUCGCUGAGUCAACCUUAAAUAUUCUACAUUUUGACUUGUAAGGAUUUUUGGAGGGUUAGUUUUUUAUCACUAAACAUUUCACUGUCUUAUCUUAAACCUAGAAUCUUACUUCUGUUCUAUUUUUAUCUAAUGACUGAGCAUUCUCACAUUACUUAACAGUUUCUCAGAUACCUUAUUAACUUGGUGCUCACCAGUUUGCACUUCUGUUUUCUAUCAAAAUCUCUCUUCAUUGUUAGCAGAUGGAGGAUAAGGGUAGUACACCAACACGGCAUGGUAUGUCCUAUUAAGUAUUUCCUUUUAAUAAAGAUUCAGCUUUUUCAGUA